GUCGAGCAGGUCACGCGCUCCCGACCACACAAGAAGCCACUGAGGAAAUGGCCGUACGCUUUCUGUCCGUAACGAGAAGAUAUCCCAUCGAUUUGUGCAGGUUAACGCCAAGUGCAGUCAACAGGUCCGUCGUAGGCCUCUUCAGCACUGCAGCGGAACAUCGUAGUGCUGGUGAUGACUGCCAUGGUGACGAUGGAGAUGACGACCACAGUCACUCUGUGACGCAUGUCAGGACCUUAGAGACGAGAGCUAGAAAACUGGAAGAGCAGGUUCACGACCUCACAGAGCGAUACAAACGAGCCCUAGCUGACUCUGACAAUGUUAGAAGAAGAACACAGAAAUUUGUUGAGGACGCCAAACUAUUUGGGAUUCAGAGUUUCUGCCGUGACAUUGUGGAGGUGGCAGACCUGUUAGAGAAGGUUGAGGAGGGAGAUGGAGUACAGCAGCUGACACAAUGCAUGGCACACAUACAGGGACGGCUGCAGGACAUCUUCACCAAGCAUGGACUGGAGAAGAUGAGCCCUGUGGGAUCCAACUACGACCCAUAUCAGCAUGAAAUAGUCUGUCAUACUCCAGCAGAGGGAGUGGAGCCUGGCACCAUAGCUGUGGUGAAGCAAGACGGUUACAUGCUGCAUGGACGUACCAUUCGCCAUGCCCAUGUGGGUAUAGCUGUGAAGACACAGGAGCAGUGACAGGACCUUAGUUCAGUCCUGUCCCGCUUAGGUUUUUUUACACUCUCUCUCUCUUAGUAUGUACCUUAGAUACCAUUGUUCUUGCAUCUCUAGACAACUACAUGUUUGACUUACUCUUUGAAGUAAUGGUUAUAUAUAUGCAUUUAUAAUUUUUUCCCCCCCUAACGUGUAAUCUACACAAUCAGGCUUUUUUUGUUUUAGUUUUGAACUCCCCAAUUUACAGAAUGUCCAGUGCCCAUUUAAUGUUUGGAAAGAUUCAUUAUUGUCUUUUGUGUGUUAAAGACACUACAUUUGUAGUGUAAUAAGAAUCGUAGUGUUAAGUUGACCCGGAAAAUGCACUUUACACCCUUCUCAUGGUGGUUUAUGUAAGUGAUUAGUAGUUUUGGAGCUUAAGGGAUAAAUCAGUAAUGACUUUUAUAAGAAAGUAACACUUUUUAUAAUAAGAUUCUAUAUGUUUAACACUAGUUAAUGAAGUAGCUAUCAUGAAUUAACAAUGAACAGCCAUGCUUACAGCAUUCUCUGAUCUUGAGUAAUGUUAAUUUAAGAAUAUACUGUUCAUUCUACUUUAUAUUAGUUAGUUUUAACGUUAAACUAAUGUUAAUGCAUAGAAUGUUAUUUUAACCUUACCAGAAGGUCUGACUGUUCUGUUGUGAAAUGUCAAGUAAGUGUUAAAGGCCACCAGUACCCAAAACAAAUGCUAAAAGAUUUCUCUUUUUGAGGGGAGAAUUUUCACAUGCAUCCAAAGUGGAAUCGAACUGAAUGGUAUUUGGGAGAUAAAAUGAACAUAAGUAUUUAUAUGUAUUUAUUUUGUUUGUAAUAGUUUUCCCUGCUAGUUUUUUUUUGUAGCCGAGAACAAAAACUGUAAGCUGUUUUCUUUAAACUAAGGUUUUUACAGUAGUAUUCUUUGUAAAUGUUGCAGACGAUUAGUUUUGAGUGUAUGUGUGCGAGGCAGACGUUUUG